AUGACCUCCAUUGUCCUCAUUACUGGAGCCAGCGGGCUACUCGGGCGCCAGGUGUUCAAUGUCUUCCAGCGGUCCGGAGUGCUGGUCGUCGGCCAAGGCUUCUCCCGCGCAACCCCACCGACGAUUCUCAAGGCGAACUUGGAACAGACGGACGAGAUCAAGAGAAUUUUGGACGAAGUCAAGCCUCACAUUGUCAUCCACUGCGCUGCAAACAAGUCCCCCGAUCUGUGCGAUAAGAACCCCGAGCAAGCACACAAGGUCAAUGUGGAUGCAACCCGUUGCCUAGCUGAGGAGUGUAACUCGCGCGGCGCCUUCCUCGUCUACAUCUCAACCGAUUACGUCUUCCCCGGCGUAGAAGGCGAAGCUCCCUAUGAAGCCGAUGCAGAGCCUCGACCCCCAAACCUGUAUGGCCAAUUGAAGCGAGACGGCGAGCUCGCCGUCCUGGAAGCCACACGCGACACAGGACUGGGCGUGGUCCUGCGAGUGCCAGUGCUGUACGGCGCGGCACGCAACAACUCCGAGAGCGCGGUGAACACGCUCGUCGAUGCGGUCCAGAAAUCAUCCGACCCCAACGCCGGCGUCAAGAUGGACGACUGGGCCCAGCGGUAUCCCACCAACACGGAAGACGUGGCGCGCGUGUGCCGCGAUAUCGUCAUCAAGUUUCUGCGCGAGAAGGACAAGCUGAAGGAGCUGCCACAUAUCUUACAAUUCUCAUCCGAGGACCGCAUGACCAAGUAUGAGAUCUGUGAGAAGCUGGCGCAUGUUAUGGGGGUGUCCAUGGAGGGGAUGGUGAGAAAUCAGCAGGGGAAUGACCCCAAUGCUGGGGUGCAGCGGCCCUAUGACACGCAUCUGUCGACGAAGGCGCUGGUGGAUUUGGGGAUUGAUGUGCGCACCACGGACUUUGAAGCCUGGUGGCGGCAAUCGCUGGCCCCGAGCCAGAAAUAA